UGCAAUGGUUGUGAGCCACAAGACUUAGGCCAAAUCCAUAAACAUAUCAAUGUGCCAUCCCUACAAUAAAUAGACCAUAUUCAAAACUUCACCUAAAGCUAAAUCCAUAUCCUUCAAUAAUGGAAAAACUUCCAUUGAAGUUUCGUAUUCUUCUCCACUUCCAUUCCUUUGCCUCUUCCAUAAGCCGCCGUUCCAACGUAACUGUUAACCGUUUCUUCAUGUCCUUCUUCGACCCCAAAUUCUCUCCUUCUUCUAAACCCCGCAACGGCGUCUCGACUUACGACGUCGUUUUCGACCCUUCUCAUAAUCUCUGGUUUCGUCUCUUUCUUCCUUCUUCUUCUUCUGCUGAUAAGAAUGUUACUGAUCUGCCCGUCGUUGUUUACUAUCACGGCGGUGGGUUUGUGUUCUUUUCGGCUAACUCGAUGGCUUACGAUGAUUUUUGUCGGAGACUCGCACGUGAGUUACGGGUGGCAGUUGUAUCCGUUAAUUAUCGACUUUCUCCGGAACAUCGUUGCCCGAUUCCUUAUGAAGAUGGAUUUGAUGCUUUGAAAUUUCUUGAUGGCAUGGAUUUGGAUGAUGGUGGUUUUCCGGUGAAAUUUGAUGUUAGUCGGUGUUUUCUCGCGGGUGAUAGUGCCGGCGGCAACUUGACUCACCAUGUCGCCGUCAGAGCCGGCGGCUAUAACUUCAAGAAGCUGAAGAUUAAAGGUAUAAUUGCUAUACAACCAUUUUUCGGGGGAGAGGAGCGAGUAGAGUCGGAGAUUAAAUUCAGUAAAUCGCCCAUGUUAAACUUGAAACAGUCAGAUUGGUACUGGAAGGCGUUUUUACCAAAAGGGUGUGACAGAAACCACCCGGCAGCGCAUGUGUUUGGUCCCGGUGCCGGAGACGACAUCUCCAAGGUGAAGUUUCCGGCGACACUUCUGAUUCUAGGAGGAAAGGAUCAAUUGGUAGAUUGGGGGAAAAGGUACUACGAGUGGCUUAAAGAUGAGUGUGGGAAAGAAGUUGAUUUGGUUGAAUAUCCAAAUGCAAUUCAUGGAUUUUAUAUAGUUCCUGAGUUGAAGGAUUCUUCAUUGCUAAUCAAAGAUAUGAAUGAUUUCAUACACAAACUUAUUGGCACUCUAAAUUGAAGGAUGAUCUAAAGUUUCUUUUGAUCUUUAA